GUCAACAAAUAAGUUUCGGAGUUUUCAAUUUUAUUCGUUUGUACUAAUUAUAAGUCUGAAUAAUUCAAAUAAUUUAUUGAAACACGUGUGAUAUUAUAGUUUUAGUUCAAGAUGCUACUUUAAUUUUGAAUAUAACGAGAUGGUCACUUUGUUUGCGGAGGAGUCAUCUUAACAACUUCCGUCGUCGCAACUUCAUUAUCUUGUAUGGUGAAUAAAUCUGCGCCUGAUGUUUAUUCGGAUGAACUGAUAAAUUUUAAUAAUUUACGAAUCGGAGCAGGAGAGUCCUAUUAUACUGAAAAUAUAAAAGCUUACAAGACCUUCGAGAUAGAAUCUGUGUAUAAAACAAAUGAUUCCUUGAUCAUCCUCGGGGACCAUAUGCUGGCUUUGCUGAUGUUGAAGACUCCGAUAGAAGUCGACGAACAAAUGAGGCCUGCGACACUUUCAAAUCCGGUUUGUGACGGAACUGGAUCUUUACUUGAACAAAAUUUGGAAUGUUCGACCCUAAGUUGGGUCCCUACAGGCAAACAUGAAUGGAAUCUGCAUCAUACUCGAGUCAAUCUUUUGCCUCUGAAACGUUGCAUGGUUUUACAACCAAAUAAGUUACUCGACUUGGAUGAUGAUUUACACAUUUGUGUCACAAUUAUGUCUGAAGCAAAACAUGAAGAUGAAGAGAAUGACCAUCAUGAUGAUUAUGAUGAUGAUGAUGAUGAUCAUGAUGAUCAUGAUGAUGAUGACGAUGAACAAUCUUUAAAAUCAGAUUCUCCACUCGAUUAUGAUGAAGGGGCUCUCUUGGUUUGUGGAAGAGGUUCACAGGAGAAUCUGGUUGGAGUGUUUCAUGGAUUCUAUCGGAUGAAGCCUAGUGGACAUACUGGUGUACCUUAUACGGCGCCACUUCGCGUAGUCCUUACCAGCGCCGCUGAAUUCGGCACCACCGGAUUUCUGCGUCCGCUCCUUGGGGAAGGUAUCGAAUCCAGCUCAUCCAGUCGGAAGGAACUGUCAUCCCCAGAAGCAGCGACAUCAAAUGGGUUCUGAGAGUUCUCCUCGAAACUGGGGCCUGGUUCUCCAGAGAUGUCUCGGGACACAUCAUUGUCGGGCAUCAUGCCCAGGAGCCAAUCAUCGGACAGGUUGUUGCGUGUGUGACGCCGCCUUAUGCCGUGCCUGAAAAGCGUUUUUUUGAAUCCUGUGCAAGGAGUUCUUUUGGGCCACAAAACCACUACCGCACUGUGUAACCUUGUCGGCUUUUCUAAAAAACAAUUCAACUAAAAAUUACUUUUUUAUUUUUGUUACUAACAUCCACACUAGUUUUAACAUAUGACAUACAU